AUGUCCUUGACCAUUGUUAUGGAGGGCGACGAUACGAGCCUCAUGUUUAGCCUCUUCGCUUUCCCUCCAUUCGUCGAGAAGUUUGGCACUUACUACCCAGAGCUGGGCGAGAAGACCAUUCCCGGUGACUGGCAAGUGGCUCUAGGCAACGCUGCAGCCUGCGGUGUGAUAUUCAUCACCUUCUUCGCUCCAAAUUUGGAGGUCCUGGUUGCGGGACAAGUACUUUUAGGUAUCCCCUGGUGUAUCUUUGCAAUCAUGGGUUCAGCAUACUCUUCUGAAAUAUGCCCUCUUGCUCUCAGAGGCUACCUGCUUGCCUUUGUUAACAUUUGCUGGGUCAUUGGACAGUUCAUCGCAGCCGGUGUCCUGCAAGCCUUCGUCAACGACACCUCCAAGUCGGGACACCAUUAA